UCUCCAGGGCAGUUCCAGCGGCGAGGUCCCCGGCUUCCCGUUGGAAACCACGGCGUCUCAGUCUGGAGAUUUUUUCAGACAUGAAGCCUCGAGUGGUGACUUACGUGGAUCGAAAGCUGAAAAGGCGCAUCGUGCAGUACCUGACCAGUAAUGAAUGUGGGAAAUAUGUGGACAUUGGUGCCUUAGCAGCUGAUUUGCAAGAAAUGUAUAGUGUGGAUUAUGGCCGGAGGAAGAGAAAUGCUUUUAGAAUUCAGGUAGAAAAAGUUUUUAGCAUAAUCAGAAGAGAGAAAGAACUUGAAGACUUAAAUGGAUUAGAAGAUGAACACCUGGCAAAAAGAGCAAGACAAAGUCAAGAGUUUGAUGAUUGUAUAGCAAACAAAACAGACGAUGAUUCAGAUGUGGAAGAUUUCCCAGAUCAACAGUCUGCAAAUCACAUGAACAACUCUUUGCUGUCAUUGUACCGGAAAGGAAAUCCUGACAUUUUACCAGAAAGUCCUGCAAUUGAACAAGGCAAAAAUAGUCUCUCUGCGCCAAAAAAAGUCUUCCCUCUGACUACACCUGCUUUUACCAGAGUUUCUGAAGGUGGAUGGUUUAUUGACAAAACCCCAAGUGGAAAAAAAGAGAAUGCUUUUUUAGACCUUUCAGAUGAGCAAGGCAAACCUAAGAAGCCAAUUUCUAAGUUACAGGAUCCAAAAGAUAAUUCUCUUCUGGAGAAUAAAAGAAAAAACAGGUUUAAGAGAACCAAGAGAAAAACUGAGGAUCUUCAGAAAGUAGAUGGAGAAAUAGAAGGUGUUUUGCAAAAAAAAGUCAAAUCUCAAACACCAGAGCUACAGAUCCCAACUGUGAAGUUUGAAGAUGUAGGGGGCAAUGAUGUGACACUGAAGGAAGUAUGCAAGAUGCUUAUCCAUAUGCGUCAUCCUGAAGUAUACCACUACCUUGGUGUAGUACCACCUAGAGGAUUUCUUUUACAUGGACCUCCAGGUUGUGGAAAAACAUUACUUGCACAAGCAAUUGCUGGGGAGCUUGAGCUACCAAUUCUCAAAGUAGCUGCUACUGAGAUUGUGUCUGGAUUGUCUGGGGAGUCUGAACAGCAGCUGAGAGCACUCUUUGAACAGGCUGUGUCAAAUGCACCUUGCAUCCUUUUUAUUGAUGAAAUUGAUGCUAUCACCCCCAAAAGAGAAGUUGCUUCAAAAGACAUGGAACGGAGAAUUGUGGCCCAGCUCCUAGUCUGCAUGGAUGACCUGAAUAAUCUAGCUGCUACAGCACAGGUCUUAGUAAUUGGAGCUACCAACAGACCAGACUCACUGGACCCAGCAUUGAGACGUGCGGGAAGGUUUGACAGAGAAAUUUGCUUGGGUAUUCCAGAUGAAGCAUCCAGAGAAAGAAUUCUUCGGACUUUGUGUAGAAAGAUGAAGCUCCCUGAAGCUUUUGAUUUUCGUCACUUAGCCCAUCUUACACCAGGAUAUGUUGGUGCUGAUCUAAUGGCACUUCGUCAAGAAGCAGUCUGCUGUGCAGUUGACAGGGUCCUAUUAAAACUGAAUAUGCUGAAGCAGAAAGAUGGUCCGUCUGGAGCUGUGACAACUGAGGGAAGCCUGGUAGAGCUGAUGGACACAGAAGAUGGUUCAAAAUCACAGGACCUUCCUGUAGAGAAUGAAUUACUGAGGCUACUAGAGUUGCUAAAGGACCAAAACUCCAUCCCAGAAGAUCAGCUCCAAAUGCUCUGCAUAGAAAUGAAUGAUUUCAUUGUUGCUUUGUCCAAAGUGCAGCCUUCUGCUAAGAGAGAAGGCUUUGUCACCGUCCCUAAUGUGACAUGGUCAGAUAUUGGAGCCCUGGAAAAUAUUCGAGAAGAGCUCACCCUGGCAAUAUUGGCCCCAUUGCGUUAUCCAGAUCAGGUUAAAGCUCUUGGAUUAAUGGCUCCAGCUGGCAUCCUUCUUGCUGGUCCACCUGGCUGUGGCAAGACACUCCUGGCAAAGGCUGUUGCAAAUGAAUGUGGACUGAAUUUCAUUUCUGUGAAGGGCCCUGAAUUGUUAAAUAUGUAUGUUGGGCAGAGUGAGUCAGCUGUGCGACAGGUUUUCCAGCGUGCCAGAAAUUCAGCACCAUGUGUCGUCUUCUUUGAUGAAAUAGAUGGAUUAUGCCCUCAGAGAGCAAAAGUGGAGUCAGCUGUCAGUGACCGGGUGGUGAGCCAGCUUCUUACAGAAAUGGAUGGUGUAGAAUCACGGCAGCAGGUUUACAUUAUGGCAGCCACCAACAGGCCAGAUUGUAUUGACCGGGCCAUCCUACGUCCUGGCCGACUGGAUAAAACCCUUUUUGUGGGUUUGCCAUCUCCUGCCGAUCGUUUUGCCAUCUUGAAAACUAUCACAAAGAACGGAACAACACCUCCUCUGGAUGUUUCUGUCAGCCUAGAGGCCAUUGCUUAUGACCCUCGAUGUGAUUAUUUCUCUGGUGCUGAUCUUUAUCUUCUGAUACGAGAAGCUUCCAUCUGUGUCUUGAGACAAGAAAUGGCAAGUCACAAGAGUGGUUAUAAAAAAGGAGAAGUCAAGGUUAGCCAGGAACAUUUUGAAGAAGCUUUUAAGAAAGUGAAACCUUCUACAUCAAAAGAGGAUCAAAUGAUGUAUGAAAAACUUCGGCAAUCCCUCAGUUCAUAGUGUCACUCCCUGUAUUUUGGUCUGUGGAAGAAUGUGUUGAUUGCGUCAUAUGUUGGUAUAGCAAAGAAGACCUUGACAUUUGUAUUUGAUAGUUGGCCUUUUCAAGAUGGCCCAAGCAUGGCUGUGGUUUCAAAUGUAAGCUGCUUAAUACCAAAUGGUAAACAUGAACGACUGCUGGAGAUCCCCUUAGUUUUUCUGGAACUUUGUGCAACAACAGUCAAGCAUUUUACUUUUUUGAAAAGUAAAAAAGAACCAAAAUGAAAUAACAUGUUUAUGCUAUAUUUCUUCAAUUGAGUUUAUCUUAUUCUCACUAACUAUUGAUGAGUUGUCUUCCAACUGAAGAGCCUAUUAGUGUUGGAACCAUUUUUCUUUUAGAAAAACUGUUUUAAGAUAGUGACCUGAUGUCUGUUCCUCAUAGUAUUUGUUAGACUCUGGAUAGUCACUCAAAACUUUUCCACAUUUUAAUUUGGUCAUCCCUGUAAUAUGGAAUGAUUACCUGCCCUGCCUUUCUCACAUGGUUGAAAUAGAUCAAAUGAAAUUUAUCUGUGACUGCUUUAUCAGUUCUGAGGCAGUGCCACAUUUGGGGGGGGUGCCUGACAGUUUUGGAUCUCCAAAUUUGGGGGCCAAAACUGAUCUUUGGUACAGGAGCUGCUUCAGUUUUUUCUUUUCUUUUUUUUUUUUUUUUUUUUAGUGAGACAAUUGGGGUUAAGUGACUUGCCCAGGGUCACACAGCUAGUAAGUGUUAAGUGUCUGAGGCCGGAUUUGAACUCAGGUACUCCUGACUCCAGGGCUAGUGCUCUAUCCACUGCACCACCUAGCUGCCCCCAGCUGCUUCAGUUUUAAACUGUCUAAAGAAAAUUGCCUUCCUCAACUGGAAAGCAUCUGAAGAAAAUUGUGUGUCUCUAUGUCUGUGUCUGUGUCUCUGUGUAAGUGCCCAAGAGAAGGAGAGAGGGAGAGAGAGAGAGAGGAGAGGAGGAGAUGGGGGUAGAAAAGAGGUCCUAAAUGAAAUGUCAGGUAGAGAAAAAAUAAACUAGAUUAUGGAUUAGAUGAAAGAAAAAGUUGUUGACCUUGAAGGAUUCUUGACAGGCAUCAAGUUUUGACUUUUUUUCUCUAAAUGUUUUCAAGUAGAGGUAAACAGAUGUACUACCUACCUUUCUUGUUUUUUUUGUUCUUUGUGAGUUGUUUUAAGCCUAAAAGUUUAUCAAUUCUGUGAAUUGAGUUUGUCUCAUUUGUAUUACUAGAAUUACCAUUGUUUGAUUACAUAUACUAUAUUGGCCACACGUUUUCCUCAGCUCUAGUUUGUAUGAAAUUUAGAUACAUUCUGUAAUCUCACUGAAUGAUUGUAAAGAUAACACAUUGUGGGAAAAUGGAAAAAGAACGAUAAAGUGACUGAGACAAAUAGAAGAGUGAAUAAAACAUCUUUGAAUGGGAAGAAAUGGUUAACAAAAAGUCUUAGUAAAUUUAUUUUUAUGUAAUGGUUUCAUGCGAUUAUUUGUCAGUGUAAGGCUUUAUUUAUUUAUAUUUAUGUGUGUGUGUUUGUGUGUCUGUUUCCUUUGAAAGAGAUUUCAUCUUAGUAGGGGUGCGUGUACAGUAUCGUAUAUGCUUUUAUAAUCUCCUCCCAGGAGACAAGGGAAAUACUUCCAGGAGGAUACGGAGUCAACUUUGUUCUCCCUAAUUUGAAAUGUCUCUGCAUAUGGAUCUGUUGGCUUUUAGCCAUGACAUCUUCAGACUUCAUCAGUGAUUAAGAAAAAGAUUUAAAGAUUUGAGGUGGGAAAGGUGGGAAGUAUAAUAUGAAUGAAAGUAAAAGGUUUUUUUAAAUCAUUUAGUCCUUUGGGCUAUGACCAGUGCAGUUGUCAGGUGGGGGCUUACUGGUGAGAGUUAGAUACAAGACUGAGCUUAAUAGCACGGCAUAAUAGAAAAGAACAUUGAAUUUAGGAUCAGAAAUCUUGAGAUUGAACCUUUGUAACCUAUGCACCUGUGUCCUUUGGCUUCAAAUUAGAUUGUUUAUAAUAGCUUUAUUUUAAUACAUCUUGCAUUUUUAAUCUUUCCAUCUCUGGAAAUAGCAUUUCGGUUGUGACAUAUAUAUGGUUCAUUUGAUACCUCUGUGACCAGUAGGAUCUGUUUUGUUGUCUCUUAAUGGAUAGCUGUUUUACUGAAUAAAAAUAUGCCUUAGAGAAAAGUUAGAAAGCCAGAGUUACAUAGGAUCUAAGGAAAUGUUUCUUUAUCUUUCUCUUUGCCCAAAUUAAAUCUCUGGGGUAGAAAUACAACUACAUCUACUCCCUCUAAAACAGGUAUUUCAUGGAAUUUUAGUGAAGCCCCAUAAAACAGUCUAGCAUCCCUUGGCCCUUUGAAGAGAAUGAUAAAACAGUAUGGAAACAGGACCUGUGCUAUCACUAGAUCACAUCUGAAGUAUGUCUGCCAUUUCUGUCCCCAGUUUGAAUAAGCUCCAGAAAAGCAGUGUUCAGAUUCUGUUUUCUUCAGUGUUGUUUCCAAAGCAGGAAGGUUUAAGAGGGAAACCCAACACGUCUUUUACUACAGCCUGACCAAUGAUCUCCCCCGGCUUUUUUUUUUUUAACAGACAAGGUAACUUGGCUCUUCUGCUCCAGCCAAUUGAGUUUUUAAUGUGUCAUAUGAUGAGUCUUCACUGUUUGUGUUCCUGAAAGCUCAAACAACCUCCUGAAGGAUCUGAGAACAAAAUCAGAAAAUAGGGUGGGCGAAGUAAUGGGAAGUCAAGGAAGUAAAAAGACUUGAAUUCUUCUUCAAAGUUCAUAAUAUACAGUAAUUGUCAGUCUUGCAGUUGUUUUGAUGCCUAUUUUACAGAUGAGAAACAGGUUCAAAAAAGUUGAGUGGUUUAACCAGCUAGUAAGUGAUUGACAGAGCCAGUGAGUGUGGGAUCAGUGACUGAAACCCAGGUCUCUUGUUUCAGCACUCUUUCAACUGUUCCAUGAACACCAUUUUUUUAGACCUGGGACUUCAUUGGUAUAGCAAAGCCCUGUCCCUCUCUACCAAUGCAGAUUCAAUCAGAAGGUUUGUAAAUGUUUUCAUUAGUGAAAUGAGCACUAAAGGGAAGAAUUGGAAAAGAAAUGAGAGCCCUGGAACAAAAAAUUGGGAAUAUAUUAGUAACUUGCCACAGGAGGUAAAAAACCUUGUCCCAAAAAAUGUCUCUGAAAAUUGGAAUGGACUUUGGUCCAAAAGCCAAUGUGAUACCAGGAGACAAGAACUAUUAUAGUCAAAAAAUUGAAGAGAUAGGAGAAGGGGCAGCUAGGUAAAGCACCAGCCCUGGAUUCAGGAGGACCUGAGUUCAAAUCCAGUCAGUCUC